CAGUGUGUAACGUCAUGUAUAUGUUUUUUUCACAAAGUGCCAACGAGAUAAACAUUAUUAAUAUAUUUUGCGCUAAACAACUCUCGUUAAAAAUCUCCGCUGGUUCGGUGUCGUGAGCUGAUUAUUGGAAAGAUAACUCUCGUGUGUGCGAAGAAGAAUUUUCGCGUUUGACAAGGACUGUCGACGUGUAAAAUGGCGUGGUUCGGUGAUGGGCUAUCGAGUCUGUCGAAUUUGAAGGGACAAAUUACGAGUUUUACGAAAGAAGUGCUUUCGGAGGGUAUCGUUGAGGAAACAGAUCAACGAUCGAGGCAACUAAACGAAGCGAACGAGAGAUGCGUCCAGUUACAAGAAAUCCUCAAUUCCAAAGAUGCAGAGAUUACGUUGCUGAGGAGACAGAAUUCCGAGCUUCAAAAAGCCGUUGUCGAAUUGAACGCGAGGCCUCGAGAAUCGAAUGACGCAAACAGUCUCGACGACGAGGGUGGGGGAGGAUUUUUCUGGGAUCCACCGCCAGCAAAAAAUCGGGAUGCUGCAAAAAAUUCUGACGGAAAGGAUCUUAUUCGAGAACAAUUGUCUCAGGCCACCCUAAGAAUUCGCCAAUUGGAGGAUGAACUCAAAUUCCUAAGAGCUCAUUCAGCUGAACGAAUCGACGAAACGAACGACAGCCGUCGCAAGGAUGAGCUCUUGAGAGCCAAACAGGAUAUGGUCAAUCGUAUCGUUCGCAUCGGUGAAAAGGUUCACGACGGAGAGAAAAAUGUCAAAAAAUCGGUACUCGACGAAGCUGCUCUCGUCAACGAUUUUCGAAAUGCUAUUUCGAAACUGGACUCUCACCAGCAAUCCUACAUAAUAAGAAAUGCUCUGCGAGCUUUGGACUGUCAUAGCGAGGACGAACAAAACGAAAAAUCGGAUCGUCCUCGUCUCGAAAGCAUUUCGCUCGUCUCUCACGCCGAGGACACUGAUAUUUAUAAUGGAAUUACCGAGAACGGUAAAUCCGAGACUGAGAAACACGAUGAAAUCGAAUGUUUGAAGUCCAAGGUCGAUGAAUUGAAACAGGAAAAUGAAUUUUUGACUACCAGCCUCGACGAACUCGACAAGGAACACGCGCAAUCCUUAGAUGCUGUACUUCUCAUAAAGGAUCAACUCGUCAAAAAACACGAGUCAUUGCAAAAAGCCUACGAACAGCUGUACGUUGAGUGUAAUCAGGCCCAGACGAAGUUGCAGCUCCUCGAGAAUGCAGCAGAAACAAAUAACAACAGUAUACCAAAGAAUGCGCCGGUAAAAGAGGCGAUAAAAGUUGAGAGCGAUGAUAAAAACGUGCAAACCGAGAAAAUUAAUACCGAGGAAAAAGAUGUGCAAACCCGGUCAGUCACGUCCGAGACAGUUGUGCAAACUACGGAAAUCGAGAGCCAGGAAAAAAAUUGUCAAACAGAAAUUAGCGAAGAAAUCGAAACGACGAACGAGGUUUCUGCGAACCUCGUUGAUUUGACUGAGAAGGUUAAUGAAAUUCUGAAAAAUUCUCAUAUCAAAGUGGAAGAGGAUGAAAGCUUUUUUGAGUGUUUGGCUAAAGAGUACGUCGAGGCGAACUGGAAGAAAGAAAUGCUUGAGAGAAAAUUGACAGAUGUUACUCGAGAGCUGAAUCAAACCGCCGAAAUAAAAGAGUCGUUGCAGAUAGAGUGUUACGAUAUGCAAACGAACAUCGAGUCGCUUCUACUUCAAAUCGAACAUUUAAAGUCGAAUUUACCUUCAAUACCGGAAGCGAGUGAAGAAAGAGUCGCAUCACUUGAAACGGAGACAGAAUCGAUGAGCGAAGAAAUAAAACGCUUACAAGCAGAGCACGAGGCGCUGAAAAUAAAAAAUUACGAACUGAUCACGUCCAUCAGUAUUCUCGAAGGUUCCCUCAGAAAUCAGGAGAAUCUCGAGGCCGAAGUUAAAAACACGAAACAACAAUUGGAUCUUGCGAAACAGCAGCUCGACGGUGCAUCAAAAAACGUCGAAAAUAAUGCUAACAUCAUGCAAGAUCUUAGUCGUCGUUUACACUCGUCUUUGGAGGAAAAUAACGAGCUUCGGAGGAAAAUUGACGGCCUAGAAAUUGCCUCGAAAAAUUUGAAAGAUGAGAACACGAGAAACUCUCUAGCACAAGAAGAAAUAAUUGUGGCGUUGAAAGAUGAAAUUGAAAAUCUAAGAAAAGAACUCAACGAGUCGGAAGUGACGAUCGUUAAGCUCGAAAAGGAUCUACAUUCCAUGAACGAGGGUAAAAAAGAAUUGGAGAAAGAGAUCGAAACGCUUUACAGCGAAAAGGAACACUUGGAAACCGAAAUUUCAAUUCUGCGUGAAAAUUCAUCUGAGAAGGAAACAGGCGAACUUUUACAGAAUCUUAGAGAUCAACUGGAUUCAGCGAAUCGUGAAAAAAGCGAUCUGGAGUAUGAUUUGAUGAAUAUGCGAAAAGAACUCGACCGAUAUCUCGAGGAACGGUUCUUGAUGGAAGAACGAAUUGAACAACUGAAUCUUGAACAUGAUAAGCUUGUGAAGGAGAACAACGAACUGGUGGAACAGUUGAGCUGCAGUGAAAAAGAAUCCUCAGAACGAAUCGAGCUCCUCCAAACGGAAAUAAAUCUCUCGAAUCAAGAAUGUACUUCACUGAAGAAUGAAUUUACGUCAAUGGAAAAAGAAAUUGUCAGCUACAAAAAUGAACUUUCCGAUUGUAAAGAAAAAUAUUCCAAGUUGGAGCUUGACUUAGCUACGACGAGAUCGAAUCUCGAGGCUCUGGGAUCGAGCAACGAGGAAUUAAAAAAUCGAGCUCAAAAACUCACCAAUCUCCAGGAAGAACUCGACGAUUUAAAAUCUUUCAAAGAAAAAUGCUCACUCGCGGAAGAUAAAUGUAGCAGAUUGGAAAUCGAAUUGAGGAAUUUACGAGGAGUCGAGGAAGAAUUGAAAUUACUGAGAAAUACGUGUACAAGUCUGGAGGAAAAUUCCAAAGAAAUGGAGAUUUCAAAAACCAAAUUAGUCGAGAUGGAAAAAAGAUGUUGCGAAUUGGAAGCGUCGCUGUCCGGCAGUGAGUCAGAACGGGUAAAUUAUCAACAAUCAAACGAGAAAAAAUCGCAAAUAAUUUCGGAUUUAAAAGAAAAGAUCGAGAAGCUCGAAUCCGCAGGGGAGAAAGCAAACGAAAAUGCGGAAAUGGCGAAGGAAACGAUCGAGAGUUUGUCACAAUUGAUUCGUGAAAAAGACGAAGAAAUUGAGAGGUUGAAAACGACGGUGGCGAACGAGGCUGAAAAUAAGAAUCAUGAAAAUGCCAUGGCAUUGUUGAAAGCCGAACGCGACGACAUUAUACGGCUCGUGCAAGAAAAACACAACACGAGUCUUCAAUAUUACGCGGAAAUUCAACGACUGGCUCAAGUGUUGAACGAGCAAACAACGAAUCUUCAACGAGUGAUUGCCGAACGGGAUGAAAUAGCGGCCAAAUUAACGGAAAAGGAAGCUGAGAUUCUUUGGUCACAAAACGAACUAAAAGUUGUACGUCAACGUCUCAGGAGUCUCGAGGAGUCGCAGAACAGUGAAGAAACUUGUAACGUCGUCGAGCACUCGCGACAAAUUUCCCAAUCGACGAUCCUUCAUGAAAAAUGCAACGCCCUCGAAGCCGCACUUAUUCAAGAACAGUCAAACAAUCGUAUUAUGCAAAAUCAACUUACAGAGAGCCAAUCGAGGGAAGCGAACACGAGCAAAGAACUCGAAAGGUUGAGAACCCAUCUCGUCGAGAUGGAAGCAAGUUACACUGAGGAAGCUCUCAUUUCUGAAGAAAACAGGAAACAAUUGGAAGCGAAACUUCUCCAAGUUGAGGAGAAAGCUCAGAACAGCUCGACGGUUUACACUUCCGCGAGUAUCAGAGCGAAUCAACAGGUUGAAACGCUUCAACAACAAAUGGCUUUGAUCGUUCAACAGAGGGACGAAAUUCAAGCGAAACUAUCCGCUGCCGAAGACAAAGUUCUUUCCCACACUGCAUCUCUUACAAACUUACAAAUCGUCCUGGAACAAUUCCAACGCGAUAAAGAAAGUGAUAUUCGUGCAGCAACUGAAAGACUUCAACAGCAGCUCAACACAUCCUACAAAGAACAGGAGGAUCUUCGAAAUGAAAUAGUCAAUCUAAGGACUCAACUCGUGGAAGCCAAGGAAUGUCUGCAAGCAGCGUCUCGUUUGAGCGAUCAGCUCGAAAAGAAAAGCGAAAGAAUCGAAGAGCUCAAUCAAGAAGUCACGAAACUCACCGAGCUCGUUGAUACUGCAGAUCAGAGAAUCCAAGAGGCGAGAAGCAGCGAGGAGGGAAAAGUUGACAAAAACCUCGUGAAAAAUCUGCUGCUGGGAUUCCUAUCCGCUUCCACGGUCGACAAAUCCUCAGUGCUCAGAGUCUUCGCAACUGUUCUCGAGUUCGACGAAUCGGAGAGAGAAAAAAUCGGCCUCAACCAUCCAACUGCCAACAGUGGAUGGUUCUCUGGUUUAUUAGGCAGCACGGGAUCCCCGGCUACUAAGGAUCAAGAAGCUUCUCUGUCGGCCGCAUUCGUGAGAUUUUUGGAGAGUGAAUCGAAACCGAAACCACAAGUGCCAGCUUUGACGAUAUCGAAUUCGUCCUUGAAACGUCCGGGUCACAGUCGUCAACAUUCAUCUUCGUCAACACAAUCGGGUCUUCUGCUAUCCAGUAUUACACUUCCGUCCUUCCCGGACUUUGUGCCGUCAAGAAAUACAGGCUCAAUACUAAAGGAAGUCUUGAAGGACAGCUGAUACUAAAUUCUGGCCGCAUUUUAGUACGGCGAAUAACCGAUUUGGAAAAAGAAAUAUAUAUACGUCUAUAUAUAUUUUUUACGGUGUAAAUAGGGUGUAUGGUUGAACGAUUUGAAACGAAUUCCGCAUUAUUUCCAGUAAACAAUUGUAGCCUUGACUGCCGGUCUCCUAAAAAAAAUCUCGUUCGUUCAAAUUUUUAUUCGCUCACUAACGAAAUGAACGAUCGUAGAGGUGCGAUAUUUGGCUGAAAGGCGUAGAAAUAUAUUUCGUCGCUACUUUUUUCUUAGUUUCGCUUCCAUUACCUUUGAAAUAAACACUCACGCGAGGUAAACGUUGCUGGAAUUUACAAGAUUAGGCAUCAUGUAAUGACGAUAUAUUUUUAAGAGUUUGUACAUGUCGAACCGUAGAAUAAAACGUUAUUCGAAGAA